CCCCGCUCUCUCUCCCUCCCCCUCUCUCCCUCUCUUUAUCCCCUUGUCUCUAUAUCUCUUUCUCUCUUCAUCUCUCUCUUCCCUAGCUGGGCUGGGCUAAGCGUGCAGCCUGGCUAGAGGGGGCCAUGGUGGGCCCGGGGCGGCCGGUGUCACGGCCCAGAGGACGUCUGCCUGCCAACUGGCCCGAGAGGAUGGCCCUGCAGCAGGCCCAAGCAGAACCCAUCAAGAUCCCAAAGAAAAGGGGGCCCAAGCCAGGCAGCAAGAGGAAACCCCGGGUGGUGCCCGACCCUGUGCCCACGUCUCCCACCAGCAGCACCCCAGAGCCAGACACCAGCUCUGUGCCCAUGGACAACGCCUCCAUCCCUAGCUCAGCCCUGCAGGCUCCCACUGUUGCAAAUAUGAAGAAGUUCAAGGUCCAUGGAACUGGAGCCAACCUCCCUGGGCGCGGCCGCAAGAGGAAAAUCAACCCCAGAUUGAACCGAAGGAUAGUGUGA